GGAUGGUGGUCGUGACGGGUCUCGUUCGCGUUCUAUCUCGUUCGUCAAAAGGUUCUGUACGCCAGCUGUGGCGCAGCUGUACGACCAGUGAUCCUGCUACUCCUUUUACUGUCCCGUCGGUUUACGUGCGAUCGUCGCCUGUUGUGUUGUGUGCUUGUGUUUGUUGUUUAUUUGGGGAGCCGUAUUAAGCCGCGUGUCGUGCGGUUUGACUUCUUGGGCCCUUGGAUCCAGUAUUAAUACCACCACUACUACGCUUGCUGCGACUGAGAAUCAGCACACACCUUUCAGCACACACAAUCAAAUCACUUGUACGUCGGUCGGAUCGGAUGCUGUAACUUGUAAGGUGCGCGACACCGUUGGACGUGAUCUUCCGUGGUGGAUGGUUCGCAGUAGAACAUGAUCGGCAACCAGCACCGCAUUUGCGCUUACCAACUGCUGACCAUCGGAUGUUGGAUGCAGCAACAGCACCAGCAACUAUCAACGGAAACCGCUUAACUGCCUAAGGAGUGACGCAAAGAAGAAAAAAACGAGAGAGAGAGAGAGAGGCAGAAGAAAAACUGCUGCCGCAGUGUGCAGCAAGAGUGCGAGAUUGCCGGGACACUGGAGUGACAGUGGAAAACAAUCAAAACCGACCACGGCUGAGACACGACGCGGAACGCAACAGACACUUCAAAAGCUACAGUCGGUCGGUCGGCCAGUUGCGACGAUGAACCGCACACUGGUGGUUGGCGGUGUUACCGCCAUCGUCCUGCUAACGGUUGGCGGACACGGUUUCCUCACCAACAACAACAACUACCGCGGGCUGGAUGUGGUCGGUCUGUGUUCGGGCGAUAUGCGGAACUGUUCGUGCAAACCGUACACGGGCUCCGAAACCGAAAUCGACUGCCCGGGCGAUGAUCCGGCGAUACAGGUGCGCAUCGAGCCGGCCCAGUACGCGGAGGUACGGUGCCACCGGAAGCGGCCCCAUGACCUGCACCAGAUGCCCCGGUUGGCGAUCGGGGAGACGAAGCGGCUCACCAUCGACUACUGCCCGCUGGCCGUUAACCGGUCCAUCCUGGAGCAGCUGGAGUUUCUGGGCGUGGGGCAGGUGAAGCUACUGUCACUGAAGAACAAUGCGGCGGUCGCCGAUGGGGCACCACUGGGGUGGUAUCACUUCCGUGGCCUGGAAACGCUCGACCGGCUAACGAUCAGCAGUGUGAAGCUGAACGGUGUCGAGCCGGAUCUGUUUGCCCAUCUGCCGAACCUGACGUGGCUUGAUUUGCGCGAAAGCGUCACCAAGUUGCCGGCAAGCGUUUUCCACACGCUGCCCAACCUGCGCAUCCUCGAUCUCAGCUUGAACGGCAUGCAGGAGCUGCUACCGUGGCAGCUGGAGAAGCUGGGCGAACUGCGGCUCCUCAGCCUGUGGCGCAACGAGCUAGCCAACCUGACCCAGCACGUGUUUACCGGGUUGCAUCGGCUGGAACGGUUGGAUCUGUCCGCCAACAAGCUGGAGCACCUGCCCGGCGAGCUGUUUGUGGCGUUACCCAAUCUGACCGAGCUGGCGCUCAGCAACAACAGGCUCCGCACACUCCCGACCGGUCUGUUCCGGGCGAACCGUGCCCUGACGAAGGUAAAGCUAGCGUUCCAGCAGCAAACCGGCCUCGGGACGGUGCCGUCCGAUCUGUUCCAGUAUCUGCCCGCCCUCGAGCACGUCGAUCUCGAGCGCACCGGACUGGCGAAGGUGCCCGGCACCGUGUUCCAAGGAUCGCCCAGCAUCCGCGAGCUUAGCCUGGCGGCGAACCAGCUACGGUCGGUGCCACCGGAACUGUUGCACGAUCAGCGCGCCCUCCGGAUGCUCGAUCUGGGCUCGAAUCGGCUCACCGGUGUACCGGUACGGUUGCUCCAGAACACGGUCGAGCUGCGGGUACUACGGUUGUCGCAAAAUCGGAUCACCCAGCUAGCGGCUGGACUGCUGCGGUCGCUGGAGAAGCUAGAGCAGCUGUACCUGAACGACAACCUGCUGCACACGAUCGAGCUGCACACGUUCCGGAGCACGCCCAACCUCCAGACGCUACACCUGCACCACAACCAGCUGACAUCGCACUCGUUCAGUACGAUCCGAGCGACGGCACCGGAAGCAACCGGAACGGAACCAGAGACGGAAGAUGAAGCGGACGACGGUGUGGCAGUGUUCGUACGCGACGGUACCGCAUUCCAGUAUCUGCACCGCCUGCGCGAACUCGACCUCGGCCACAACUUCCUGUCUACGGUGUUCCACGAUCUGCUCGUCAACACGCACAGCCUCGAGCGGCUUAAUCUCACCAACAACAACAUCACCAGUCUGACGGCCACGAACCUCCAGUUUCUGGCACCGGACCUGCUGGUCGACCUGGAGCGUAAUCACAUCUUCGAGAUUAAUCUGGCCGACAUCGAGCAGCUGGCGAUGGGGCAGGAACCGAACAUCCCGGCUACCGCGAAGCAACCCCCCCGGACACCGAUCCGCAUUCUGCUGAACGAGAAUCCGCUCAACUGUAACUGCAUCGUGUACACGCUUGCCCUGUACCUGCAGCACCGGCUAAGCGAUGCGGUGUACGGGCGCCUACAGCUGAUUGCCGAUCGGCUCACCUGCCAGGGCCCCGAACAGCUCCACGGGAUGUUGGUGCGCGAGCUACAGCCCACCGAACUGCUGUGCGAGCUGGACACACCGUCCACCCAGAUCCGCCACUGCCCGCCGGCCUGCAAUUGUUUCGUUCGGCCCGCCGACCUGGCCGUGGUGGUGAAAUGUAACGGCCAGGGUUUGUCCCGAAUCCCGGCCCUACCGAAUCCCCGCACCUUCGGUUACCGCUUUAUCGAGCUGCACGUCGAGAACAACAAUCUUACCGAACUGCCGGCGGGUGGCGACGGCGACGGCGACGACAACGAAGGGUGGCCCACGGUCCAGGAGCUGUACGCUAGUAACAACUCCAUCGAACAGCUACCACCCACCGCCCUACCGGAUGGGCUCCGUGUGCUCGAUCUAACGCGCAACGCGCUGACACACCUCACGGAACCACUGACCGAUUGGAUGGGCCAGCGGUCGGCCACACUCACCACGAUACGGUUGGCCCAGAACGAGUGGGUGUGCAGCUGUGAGACGGCCACGUUCCUAGCGUUCGCCCGCCACCACCAUCACCACAUCGACGACAUUGGGCGUAUGGUGUGUGCGGAUGGGCGCCCCUUCGAUACCGCCAUCCACACCGAUCUCUGCCCGACCGAGCCGGAAACGGCCGUCAUUCUGCUCGUUUGCGGUAUCCUGCUGCUCGUCGCGUCGCUCGUUGCGCUCGUUUCGCUCCUGUACUACCACUACCAGCUCGAGCUGAAGGUGUGGCUGUUCCGGCACGGGCUGUGCCGCGUGGUGGAGGACGAGCUGGACCGGGACAAGCAGUACGAUGCGUUCCUGUCCUACUCGCACAAGGACGAGUGUUUCGUCACCGAGCAGCUGCUGCCGGUGCUCGAGCGGCACCCGCUCCGCUUCAAGAUCUGCUGGCACAUGCGCGACUGGAUACCGGGGGAGAUGAUCACGUCGCAGAUACUGAGCUCGGUGGAGAAGUCACGCCGGACGAUCAUUGUCCUGUCCAGCAAUUUCCUGGUGUCGCUGUGGGGCCAGCUCGAGUUCCGCACUGCCCACCUGCAAUCGUUGAACGAACGGCGCAACCGGGUGAUCAUCAUCAUCUACGACGACAUCGGUAGCAUCGAUGAUCUCGAGCCAGAGCUUCGGGCCUACCUCAAAACCAACACGUACGUCCGGUGGGGUGAUCCGUGGUUUUGGGAUAAGGUGCGGUACGCGAUGCCACAUCCACCGCGGGCCCACACCAAGGGUACCAGCGGGGCGGGCGGACUGUUUGUGCGCAAGCUGGCGGGGGGUUCGGUCGACGACAAGCUGGAGCUGAUCAAACCGGCCGCACCGCAAUCGACGGCGGAAGCAACGAUGGCAACGCCCCUUUCCCCACAACCAACCAUCGCUUCCGAACCGAACAAUGGGAGUGUGAAAGCAACAGCAGUUUCUUCUGUAACGCCACAUCCAGCUGCCAGCAAUCCGAUACAGUACCAGCAGCAGCGGUCACACCACUUGAUUCCUGCCAACGGUCAUAUCAAUGGCGCGUUCUUGAUUAACAGUAACGCUAAGCAAAGCGAUGUGUGAUUCCAACACGGACCGAGACGGUGAGCGCGCGUUGCGUCUUCCACUUUCCUUUUGCAUCGCAACUGAACUGAACUGACUGAACGUGGCGAUCAGCCCUUCCCUCAAUAGCGUUUGCGGCUCGACUUUGGGCAUCUCAAAUCAAGUGAAUCUCCCGAGAGAUAGAGAGAGAGAGCGAGAGAGAGAGAGAGAGAGAGAGAGAAGAAAAAACAAGCGACCCGGUAAACUGGAGCGAAAACUAGCACUAGCUUUGUAAGGAUACAUUUUAACAUUGUAAACAAGGACGAGGCAGUCUGCUCUCGAAUAUGCGGAACACGCCGAACCACCGUUCCGGAGCGGAGCGGACCGAUCUACCACCUAGUACGUUUUUACUCGCUAAGCAAACAUCAAAGAAGAUUGAUAGUCACUGUGUAAAUGUGUAACGAAUUGUGAGUAAUUUGCUCGCUCUCUCAAUGUGUGAAUUUCCUCCCCCCAAAAGUGAAAAUUAGAAUUAAGCAAAUCCCUAGCAUGCCUAAGAAAUGAUGUACCGGUGCGUUUUUUUUUUUGUUUUUUGAAUACAUAAACUGGACGUUGUCUCGCGCACUGCACUCGCAGCAUUGCAAUGUCCCUACGAAACCAUGGCAGCAUCUCGAUGAGGGUGGAUUGUCUAGAGUACGAAGGGUUGAAAUAGGGUGUUUAUCUAUUCUGAAGAGACGGAGAGAGAGAGAGAGAGAGAGAGACGGGAAGACCGACAGAGAGUGUAACACAUCAUCUGCGAUUCAUCUAUUGUUGCCUUGCAGCAAGUUAUUCGUCCAUCCUAAAAUCCCGAACGCGACACAUACAAUCAGGCUAAACAUGGUGCCAAUUUAAUACCUCAAUCCCAGCCUGGUUCUUUCUAUCAGUGAUUUAAAAACAUAACUCUUUUUCACCUAGAAUUUCACCUACAUGAUCUGUCGCAAAGUAAACAGGACUUUUUUUCGAUAUAAGAAAGUUUCUGGUUGCGCUAUCUUAAUGUGGGUAUUUUUGUUUGAAAGGUGCAUCUUUUAGGGACUUUCAGUCCAAAUUUCAUGUCAUUUGGUCCACUGGAAGCAAAGUUACGGCGCCAAAAGUAAUAGAAUCUUUGGUUGGUCGGUACAAGCCUUCUGAAUGAUGCCAAAACGUCAGCAUAACGAUUUCCUAUCAUCCGGAAAUGAAGCUUACCGAAUACUUAAAAGCCCCGGGUUAUCAAGAUCAGGUGAUUACGGGGAAGGACUUUACCAGCCGACCAAACCUCUGCAAAUUUGGACUGCAAGUCCCUAAAAGAUGCAGCUUUCAAACAAAAAUACCCACAUUAAGAUAGCGCCACCAGAAACUUACUUAUAGAAAAAGUCCUGUUUACUUUGCGACAGACCAAGUAGAAUCAAAAGACAGCGAAUGUAUCGGGAGCGAAAGAAAGUGUUGGAAAAUAUGUAAACCCCUUUCGUUGAUCUUCAAAACGGAGCACAAAUCACACGACCAGCAAAUAGCCGCAACCUGAGUGAUCCUGUACACGUAAUCAAAACGGAUCUUAAAACAAAAGGAAUGAUGAACGCUCUGCUGCAAGUAAACCAAAACGAAAACAGAACGAAUAA